GGCUCCUUGAGAAUCUCAGGAGGAAACGUCACUCAUCUCCGGGACAGAGUGUGGGGAACCCAGAUAAACCAGGUUGUGGCCUUCUGGUACUGAAAGGGGCUCCUGUAGAAGCUGCAGAGGGACUGGGGACAAGGCCUGCAGGGACAGCACCCAGGGAGUGGCUCCCAGUGCCAGAGGGCAGGGCUGGGUGGGAUCUUGGCAAUGAGGAAUUGUUCCCUGGCAGGGUGGGCAGGCCCUGGCCCAGGGUGCCCAGAGCAGCUGGGGCUGCCCCUGGAUCCCUGGCAGUGCCCAAGGCCAGGCUGGACACUGGGGCUGGAGCAGCCUGGCACAGAGGGAGGUGUCCCUGUCCCUGGCUGGUGGCGCGUUCAGGUGACACUGGCUGUGUGCAGGGGCCGGGUCACUGCGGCUUCGCCUCCUUCCAUUACUGUAAUUGGGCCUGAGCGGCCCGGCCCGGGCGGCACGGGCGGGGAUGAAUAAUUCACCGCCUGGAAACAAAACCUCCGGCCUCAAAACCGCUCGGCAUCUGCCGCCGGGGCUCGGCGUGGGAAAGGUGCCAGGAGGCGCCGGGGGAGAGGAGCCGGCGGAUUCCCCGGGGCUGGAGCUGGGGAUGCUCCGGCACCUCCGAGCCCGGAGCCGCUGCCCCUCGCUGCUUCGCCUCCUGGCUCGGCUCGUGCCCCUCAGCCUCCCGGGUUUUCCUCCCACCGAACGGGAAGGAUCUGCCCCUUCCCUUGCCUUGCUCUUUCCCAAGCCCGGAGAGCGGGAUGUCCCUUGCUGUGCAGGGCGGUCACUCCGCUCCAGGGCUGCCCCAGCCGCCCUCGGCUCCGCGGUGUCCCGGUGUCGCGGGUGCGGUGUCCCCGGGCUGGGGCCGGUGCCGGGCAGGGACAGACACCGCGUUGCUGCCACCGGCGCCCCACAAACCCAUCCCCGAAGGGGCUCGGCUGCACCCGGAGCCCAUCCCGGCCCCUGCCCGCUCCCAGCCGGGGCCCGCGGGGCUCACCCACCGUAACCCCUCGCCGUGGGUGCCUGGGGGCCGUGCCCCCCCGCCCUGUCCCCGCCCUGACGUCACCCGGCCCCCCCGUGUCCCCGCACCUGCGGCAGGAUGGAGCCCGGAGCUCGCCUGUGCCUCGCCCUCUGCCUCGCCGGCGUCCUCCCGGCCCCGGGUGAGCAGGGGGGCUCGAGGGGCGCAGAACCCCCUCCGCCGGUCCCUGGGGCAGCAUCGCCCCUCACGCAGGGAAUCCCGGGGCUGGGGGCUCCGGCUGGCGAUGAGGGGGGACGGGGGUCCCGUCGGGCUUCCUGUCCCUCCCAGCUACCGGAGGGUCCCGCGGCCAGGUCCUGGGGGUUCCUCGGGAGGGGUCCGGCUGUACCCCGGCCCCUCCAAGCCCCGCUCCGGGUGUCCCCAGGCUGCCGGGCGGCGCCGGGAAGGUUCGCCUACAAACUGCUCCACGACCUCUUCGCCAACUACUCCAGCGCCCUGCGCCCCGUGGAGGACACGGACCGGGCGCUCAACGUCACCCUCAAGGUCACCUUGGCCCAGAUCAUCGACAUGGACGAGAGGAACCAGGUGCUCACCUCCUACCUGUGGGUCCGCCAGACCUGGCUGGACUCCCACCUCACCUGGGACAAGGACGAGUACGGCGGCAUCGACAGCAUCCGCAUCCCCAGCAGCUACGUCUGGCGGCCGGACAUCAUCCUCUACAAUAACGCCGACGAGCACUUCGGCGGCUCCAUGGAGACCAACGUGGUGCUGCGCUCCGACGGGCACAUCACGUGGGACUCGCCCGCAAUCACCAAGAGCUCCUGCAAGGUGGACGUGUCCUACUUCCCCUUCGACGGGCAGCAGUGCCGCCUCACCUUCGGCUCCUGGACCUACAACGGGAACCAGAUCGACCUCCGCAACCAGCUGGACUCCGGCGACCUGACGGACUUCGUGGAGAACGUGGAGUGGGAGGUGCUGGGCAUGCCGGCCACCAGGAACGUCAUCACCUACGGCUGCUGCUCCGAGCCCUACCCCGACGUCACCUACACGCUGCUCCUGCGCCGCCGCGCCUCCUUCUACAUCUUCAACCUGCUCCUGCCCUGCAUCAUGGUCUCCUUCCUGGCGCCCCUGGGCUUCUACCUGCCGGCCGCCUCGGGGGAGAAGGUGUCGCUGGGGGUGACGGUGCUGCUGGCCCUCACCGUGUUCCAGCUGCUGGUGGCCGAGAGCAUGCCCCCCUCGGAGAGCGUGCCGCUCAUCGGGAAGUACUACAUCGCCACCAUGACCAUGAUCACGGCCUCCACGGCGCUCACCAUCUUCAUCAUGAACGUGCACCACUGCGGGCCGGGGGCCCGGCCCGUGCCCCCCUGGGCGCGCCGGCUCAUCCUGCACCACAUGGCCCGGCUCUGCUGCGUCUACGAGGUGGGCGAGAGCUGCAAGAGCCCCCAGCGUGGGCCGGGCGGGCGGGCAGCCGCGGGGGAUGUCAGGGCAGCGGGGGAGAGCCCCGGCGAGGGGCAGGUGGGCACGCAGGUGAGGGGCUGCCCCUGGGACCACUGCCUGUGCCACCACGACGCCCUGCUGAGGAACGUCGGGUACAUCGCCAGCUGCUUUCGGCGCCACCGCGCCAACCAGCGCCGCACCGGCGAGUGGAAGAAGGUGGCCAAGGUGAUGGACCGCUUCUUCAUGUGGGUCUUCUUCCUCAUGGUCUUCCUCAUGAGCGUGCUGGUCCUGGGCAACGCUGCCUGAUGGCUUUGCGGGCCCGGCACUGCGACCCCCCGGGAUGGCGGGGGCUGCGGGUGCCUGGUGAGGGUGACACAAAUGUCCCUGGUGCCCCCCAGAGCUGCAGGGUGGGAGCUGCACCAUCCCUGGGGAAGAGGUGCCCGAGGGUGGGACCCCCUGCUGCAGGGCUGGGGGGUCCCAGCCCCUGUCCCACUGUACCAGAGUGGGCACCCACAUCCCCCCGUGGCAUCCUGCACCUGAGAAAUUCCAAAGUGGAA